AUGGCUCCUCCGACUCUGGAUACCUUGCCGCCUGAGAUUUUCCUGUCUAUUCGCGACCAGCUUCCUCAUGAAGACAUCAAGUCCUUGAGUGUGGUCAACAAAAAAAUCCACACCCAGCUGGUAUCCCACCUUUUUCGAUACGUUAGAGUCAACUGCCCCCUAUCCCGAGACGACGGCAGUGGUCUCUCAUCGGUAAUCGACAAGUACGGCACGAACGUUCUCGGUGUAUGCUUAUACGUUGUGUUUCACCCGAACCCUCCAAACUCAGAUCUCGAGGGCAGCAAGGUUGAUUCCAAUGGUGAGAAAGAGAAAUGGUACUGGGGUAAUUACCCGGCUUCAGUUUGGGCUCGAGAUGCUUCCGACAUCUCUAUCAUGCACGACCUGAUACAGUUUAAGCGAAUGCCGAAAUGCACCUCGCUAGGCAUCCGCACAGAUGGAGAAGAAGAAUUUGAGAUCGACGGGGGCUGGGAUGAGAAUGAUCUCAGUGAUAUAAGUAUCUACUUCUGUACCGAAGUAGAAAGCUGGGAAAGGGUCAAGGAAAAAGAGAAGAUGUAUGCUUGGAGAAAGGCAUGGAAUGAGCUCUGGCGCGAUGUGGCGACAUACUCAAAGGCAGAGCGUCUUGAUUUGUUUCAUUUUCUACCGAUUAAGGCCUCAUGCUGGUUGGAGCCAGAAUGGGCAGCCUUUGUGGGAAGGUUGAAGGAACUAAACGUCCGAGCCUACGGUCAGGAUAACGGAGCUGGGUGGGCGGCCAACACACUGGAAGGUUACAACGACUUCUUCAACGAUAUGCCCGAAUUUCUUUUCCAACAUGCUACCAAUCUUGAGCACCUUUACAUAGCUGGCCACGGGGACGGACAUCUCGGCGAUAGCGCUCUGCGCUUUGAGCCCGACACUAUGACGCAGCUCAAAUCGCUCCUCUUAGAGACUAUGAGUAUCACAGAAAGUCUUUCAGUCUUUCUGAACGGAAGCACACCAAACCUCGAAAGCUUGCGUCUUGAGAACGUUGGUGCUUGGGGUCACGUGGGCGAUACACCUACCUGGGCAGACUUUUGGAAAGCUGUUCGCGAAGGGAAUCCGUCCUUGAAGGAGGUAACUUUCCACUAUCCUAAAAGCGUCCCGUUGACUGUGGAGGAGGUAAUGAAUGGGAAAGACUCAGUUUCGAAGACGGAUACCGAAGAGGAGGCUCAGGUACGGAAGAAGGCACAAGACGAUGACAGCCUUAUCAUUUGGCCUUACAUCAUAUCAGACGAUAAGUACGGCAACGUUUUUGAAAUGGAAGAAGAAAAUCGGGAGGCCUUGGAGAAGGGUGAUGAUAAUAGAGAGUACAGGUUAUUGAUGGAGGAGAUCAAAAAGCGACAGUAG